AGCGGCUGCGGAGCGGCCGAAAGGAUGGGAAGGAUCCUACGCUGAGCUGACCGGCCGGGCUGUGCGGAAGCAGCACCCGGAGCCGGAGCCGGAGCCGGAGCCGGAAUCCAGGCGGUGAGUGCCCGCGCUGCCCCCUGCCGCGGGGCGCGGCAUCGCAGGGCCCCCACCGCCCUCCCGGCGCGGCGGAUGCUCUCGGCAGGGACCCGCUCGGCGGGUCGGUGGCUUCCCUCCCGUUUGACAGCUGCCAUGUCUACGCAGAGACUCCGGAACGAAGACUACCAGGACUACAGCUCCACUGAUGCGAGCCCCGAGGAGAGCCCGUCCGAGAGCCUGGGCACCUUUGCACCUGGCGCCUACCAGCGCUUUGGAGAGAGCAACAGCACGACAUGGUUCCAGACCUUGAUCCACCUGUUAAAAGGCAACAUUGGCACAGGACUCCUGGGGUUGCCUCUGGCGGUGAAAAAUGCAGGCAUCUUGUUGGGUCCCCUCAGCCUGCUGGUGAUCGGCGUGGCGGCCGUGCACUGCAUGGGCCUCCUGGUGAAGUGUGCGCGCCACUUCUGCCUCAGACUGAACAAACCCUUUGUGGACUAUGGGGACACUGUGAUGUAUGGUCUAGAAUCCAGCCCCAGCGCCUGGCUCCGGAACCAUGCCCACUGGGGAAGGCGCGUCGUGGACUUCUUCUUGAUCGUCACCCAGCUGGGUUUCUGCUGCGUGUAUUUCGUGUUCCUGGCUGACAACUUUAAGCAGGUGGUAGAAGCUGCCAACAGCACCACCACCAACUGCCACAACAAUGAGACGGUGAUCCUGACGCCCACCAUGGACUCGCGCCUCUACAUGCUCGCCCUCCUGCCCUUCCUGGUGCUGCUGGUGUUCAUCCGGAACCUCCGGGUCCUGUCCAUCUUCUCCCUGCUGGCCAACAUCAGCAUGCUGGUCAGCCUGAUCCUCAUCUACCAGUUCAUAGUCCAGGGGCUCCCGAACCCCAGCCACCUGCCCUUGGUGGCGCCCUGGAAGACCUACCCUCUGUUCUUCGGCACAGCUAUUUUUGCAUUUGAAGGCAUCGGAAUGGUUCUGCCUCUUGAAAACAAAAUGAAGGAUCCGCAGAAAUUCCCAUUCAUCCUGUACCUGGGCAUGGCCAUUGUCACCAUCGUCUACAUCAGCCUGGGGUCCUUGGGGUACUUACAAUUUGGAGCCAGUAUCCAAGGCAGCAUCACCCUCAACCUCCCCAACUGCUGGCUGUACCAGUCGGUGAAGCUGCUCUAUUCCAUCGGGAUCUUUUUCACCUACGGGCUGCAGUUCUACGUCCCAGCUGAGAUCAUCGUCCCCUUCUUUGUGUCCCGAGCGCCGGAGCCCUGCCAGCUGCUGGUGGACCUGGCCGUGCGCACCGCCAUGGUGUGCCUGACGUGCAUCCUGGCCGUCCUCAUCCCGCGCCUGGACCUGGUCAUUUCCCUGGUGGGCUCCGUGAGCAGCAGCGCCCUGGCCCUUGUCAUCCCGCCGCUCCUGGAGGUCAUCACCUAUUCCUCUGAGGGCCUCGGCCCCCUCACGCUCGCCAAGGACGCCCUCAUCAGCAUCCUGGGCUUCGUGGGCUUCGUGGUGGGGACCUACGAGUCCCUCGCUGAGCUGAUCCAGCCCACAGCUGCCCCAAUGUCCACCAACUCCUCCAGGGCCUUUGCCUAUGGAGCCGGGCUGCUUCUCUGACCAGCCUGCUCCACCCAGGUGUUGCAGCACCUGUUUGUCCCCAGCGCCUUGUGUGGCCCAGAUGGGCAAAGUGGUGUGGUUCUCUGCCUGACACUGGGUGCCCAGGCCCAGGUGAGAGGCGGGGAGCAGGGAGGGUUGGUCCCAGGCACAUGGUUGCACUAGUGACAGCGGUGUUGACACUCAUUGUACUUCCUGUGAAGCCGACCUUGUCACCCUGUGCUGCAGGUAGCCUCCCUCCCGUAGUGUGUGUGUGU